GAACACAAUCAUCUAUCAAUGGACUCCUCAUUCAUCUCCACAUUCUUCUCCGCCGUCCUCUUCUUCUCAUUCACUGCCGCCGCCUAUUCACUCAUGAUGAACAACCGGAAAAAGUCCAUAGACGGGAAGCUGCCGCCGGGGCCGUGGAGGUUGCCCGUCAUCGGAAGCAUGCACCACCUGGUGGGUUCAUAUCCCCUCCGCCGCUUGAGAGAGCUGGCCAAAAUACACGGCCCCCUCAUGCACGUUCAGCUCGGGGAAGUCUCGGCCAUCAUCGCGUCGUCCCCCGACAUGGCCAAGGCCGUGUUCAAGACCCACGACUUGGCGUUCGCUUCCCGCCCGAAACUAUUGAUCCCCGAUAUCGUGUGCUACAAGCGGUCCGACAUCGUCUUCUCCCCCUACGGAGACUACUGGAGGCAGAUGCGCAAGAUCGUCGUUCUCGAACUCCUCAGCAACAAAAGCGUUCAGGGGUUCGACUCCAUCAGGCGGGACCAAUUGUCCCGCCUGCUGGAACUCAUCCGUUCCCACGAAGGCCGACCGGUGAACCUGACCGAGAUGAUCUUCCGAUUCACCAGCGCGAUGACGUGCCGGUCCGCCUUCGGGAGCGUUUUCGAGAGAGGGGACGAGUUCAUCACCCUCAUCAAGGAGGUGCUGGUCUUGCUGGGAGGGUUCGACGUGGCGGACAUACUCCCCUCUCUCACCCUCUUGCACGGCCUCAGCCCGAUGCGGCGUAAGGUCAUGAGAAUUCACAAAAAGGUCGACGCCAUUCUCGACGACGUAAUCGGCGAGCACAAGAAGAGCCUCGCGUCCGGAAGCACGGGAAACGGGGAGAAGGGCGGGGAGGACUUGAUCGACGUCCUCCUCAGAUUGAAACGCACCGGCGGCCUGCAGUUCCCAAUCACCGAUGACAACAUCAAGGCCAUCGUGUUCGACCUGUUCACGGCCGGAACGGAGACUUCGUCGACAACAAUCGUGUGGGCGAUGGUGGAAAUGAUGAGAAACCCGGGGGUGCUGGCCAAGGCGCAGGCGGAGAUGAGGGGAGCGGCUGGGGGCGAGGUGGAAAAGCUCAAGUACAUGAAACUGGUGGUGAAGGAAACCCUCCGCCUGCAUCCUCCGUCUCCGCUCUCAAUCCCUCGGGAGUGCAUGGCGGAGACGGAGAUCGAGGGGUACACGAUCCCCGCGAAGGCAUGGAUCAUGGUCAACAUACAGUCCAUAAGCAGGGAUCCGGCGUACUGGGAUGACCCGGAGAGCUUCGUGCCGGAGAGGUUCGAGAACAGCGGGGUGGACUUCAUGGGGAAUAACUUCGAGUUCCUGCCCUUCGGGGGCGGGAGGAGGAUAUGCCCGGGACUCUCAUUUGGGUUAGCCAAUGUGUAUCUCCCCUUGGCCCACUUGCUUUACCAUUUCGACUGGAAACUCCCCCGGGAAACCGAGCAUGCAAGGAGCUUGGACUUGACGGAGUCACCAGGGAUUACUGCCGGAAAGAUGGACGACCUUUACUUGAUUGCCACCGCCGUUUGAUGAAUUAUUAUUUUUCAAAUUUAUUUCAUUAAGUACGUAAUUACAAUAAUAAUGUGGGAGCGUUUGCAUUUUGACCAUUAUAAAACUUAAAUCAUUUUUCUAAAUAGUAAACUGCUUUAUUCCCU